UCUUACUCCCGCUUAGGUUUCUCGACCAAACAGGAUGCGGCUGUUUGUUCCAGGCGAAGUGACUGCUUGAACAAACUGUUCUGUUGGGUUAUAGAGCUGAGAAAAAACUUUCUCAGCUUGGACUGAGAACAUGAACUGAUUGUUUCUAUAUCUAUACAGCUAGACGGAUAAAAAAGAAGAAAGGGCGUGCAGGACGAUGCGCGCGCUGCUCCUCGCGCUCUCCGCGCUUGUGGCGGCGUGGCGGGUGGCGGGCCAGGCGGCCAUCUGGUGCACGGAGCGAGCCUGCUUCACCCUGCACAACAAGAGGACGCCGUUCGAGGCGGCUCAGACGGACUGCUACACAAACGGCGGCUACCUGCUUACGAUGAGAGACGAGAAGGAGGCGGAGGACGCGAGGGCCUUGCUCGAGCUGGCCAACGAUGCUGGGUUUUUCGCGAGCGGCGAAGAGAGGCUGUGGAUCGGCCUGAAGCUUAAUAAGAGCCGUUGCGUGCUGGACGGAGAACCUCUGCGCGGUUUCCGCUGGGUGCCGGACACGGCGGACUCAGGCACUUUCGCCAACUGGGGCCGCAAGCCGCGUAGCACAUGCACGGAGGAGCGCUGCGUUUCGCUGCGCCCCGCCGCCGCCGGCUCUGCGCGCCUCCAUUGGAUAGACGGCUCGUGCAGGCAGGGCGCGCUCUACGCCUGCCGCUACCAGUUCAAGGGCAUGUGCGAGCCGCUAACGCUCGCGGGACCCGGGGAGGUCACCUACACCGUCCAUUUCUUGAACGCGCCUCUAAAUCAGAGCGUGAGCAAGCUGCCCCACUCCACGCAGGCCUACAUCAGCUGCGCGAGCUCCGGGGAAGAACAUCACACGAUAUGCAGCGAAGCAGCCGCGGGAGGGGGCUUCGCUUGGUCGCCUGCGAAACUUUUCUGCGCGUCGGGCGAGCACAGUUGCGCGGUCCAAAACGGAGGCUGCAGCCACUUUUGCUCGGAUGACCAAGGUGGCGGUGUACGCUGCGCGUGCAAGGAGGGCUACGACUUGGGCAAGGACGAGUUCACGUGCAUUCCGAAGAACGCGUGCCAGGCCGCGCCCUGUGCGCACAAGUGCGUGGUCGAGCAAGACAGUUUCGUGUGCGCGUGCAGAAAAGGCUAUCGGCUCGCGCAGAAUAGGUCUGGGUGCCUGGACGAGGAUGAAUGUGAACAGGGCGUUUGCGGCGGCCACACGUGCCACAACAACCCGGGCAGUUACGAGUGCGAGUGUAAGAAAGGGUUCAGAAAGGACGCCACGGGCGCGUGCCAGGAUAUCGACGAGUGCGCGGAGAGCGCGUGCAGAGAGCCCGCCGGGUGCCUCAACUCGCAGGGCUCGUUCGCGUGCUACUGCUCCGUGGGCUUCCGGCAGGUAGAAAGCGGGGAGUGUGUGGAUGUUGAUGAGUGUUUCAGCCGGCCGUGUGAGGAUAUCUGCACGAACACGCAGGGCAGCUACAGGUGCUCUUGUCGCGCGAACUUCCGACUGGCUGAUAACAACAUCAGCUGUGUCCAGGUUAUCGAACCGAGCCCUCACACUACAGCUUCAAAUGACCCGGUAAAUGAAGCACUUGAUCGGUCAACCGUAACUACCACGGUCACUCCGCUGUUCAGCAGCGAGAGCAGCAGUACUGGAUCAGGGGACACUGAGCGCAUUGCGAGCUCGGCCAGGUCGCUGGUGCUGGUGUGGGUGCUGUGCUCGGUUAUUCCUCUACUGCUUCUAGUCGCGCUCACGACUGUCAUCGCCGUCCUUCGCUGUAAUCGCUCGCGCAAAGCCGCGAAGAAGAAAAGCGCCACCGCGGACAGUUACUGCUGGGUCUCCUCCGGCUUCCAGGUUCAGCCAGACACUCAACCGCGCUGAGUUCCUUAAAGGGGAAUACCACCGAUUUUUCAAAGCGUCUCCAUAAUUCAGUCGUUGAGAUGAGAAAGUCAUUCAGAGUGGUUUGGUGUGAUUCACUGAUUCAUGAUUCAUUGUAGAGAAAUUCACUGAUUCAUGAUUCAGUGUAGAGAGUACUCAGAUUUCUUUACAGUGGUGGUCAUAGCAACCAGGGGUCACGAUGUCCACAACACAAAUGUAGCCAUUUUAUUGACAAUCCAAAAUGACCAGUGAA